AUGUGGUCGAAGGCGAAAAUCGUUCAUGGUGAUUUCUCCGAGUUCAACUUAUUAUAUCAUCAAAAACGAGUUUGGGUGAUUGACGUUUCUCAAGCUGUGCCUCGGGAGCAUCCAAUGGCUCUUUCGCUUCUUCUGAGGGAUUGUGAGGCUGUUCAUAGAUUUUUCGCUGACACUUGGAAGCUUGAAGCGAUUCCUGUGAAACAAGCGAUUUUCAACAGAGUGACGGGUUACGGGUUUGGCAAGGUAUCAGAGGACGAGCCACACGUACCAACAGAUGUGACGGCUUUCAACGAAGAAUUCGAAGCGCUAGAGCUAGAAAUGCAACGCAGAAUCGACACUCAGAAGAAUCAGUUUUCGAUUGAUUUCGCACUCGGCAGAGAGGAUGAUUUCGACGAGAGAGAUGUGGCACUUCAUGAGAGGGAGAGUUACAACGAUUUUUUGACGCAUUUGUCCAACAUGAAUGUCAAAAGCAUGGAACAUGAAAGAAUACCAGAAAGUGACGAGUCGAGCUCUGAAGGCUCAGAAGACGAGACGGAAGUCAAAACCGUUUAUGAAGCGCCUUCUACUAGUACUACAUGA